AUGCACUUCGCUACUAUCACCACCACUGCCAUGGCAGUCUUUGUCGGGCUCGCCUCUGCGGGCAUCCAAGCCCGCCAGGCACAGCCCACAUGCAACCCUGGCCAGUUCAUCUGCGGCUUCGAGCUUAACACUCUCGGACGUCCCCUUUCGCAGCGUGAAGACGCGAUCCGCCGCAAGCAACUCGAGCCUACCCAGGUCCGCCUCGACGGCCUCUUCCGUUGCGUGACCCCCAGUGCAUCAGCCCCUAACGGCAUCGAGUACGUAUUCGCUUGCCGCAACACUGCUGGCGUUGAAGACCAGGGCCAGUGCAACCCGCAGUUCUCAAAGACUCCUACGGACCCAAACGCGUACUGCCGCAACGGCCCCCCCAACCCGGCUGCGAAGUAG